UUUGUUCACUGACAGCCUGACAGCAGAUAAAUCCCCUCACAUCACGCUUCUUCAUCUUUAUUCAUCUUCUCUACUUACAUACAGACUGUAAUAUACACACACAGAAACACCUUGUAAGAAGAGGGCCAAGAUGGGGGAUAUGUUGACAUGGCUUUUGUUCUUCUUCAUCCUCAUUGGUCUCCUCAUUAUUGUUGUUUACCAGCUUAUGUGCUUGGCAGAUCUAGAGUUUGACUACAUUAAUCCUUACGAUUCCGCAUCUCGAAUUAACCUAGUAAUUCUACCGGAGUUUAUAACAGAAGGGGUCUUGUGCUUUCUCUACCUAGUGACUGGGCAUUGGAUAAUGUCACUUUUUAGUGUUCCAUACUUGUACUACAAUGUGAGAUUGUACAUGCGAAGACAGCACCUCAUAGAUGUAACUGAGAUUUUCAACCAGCUUGAUUGGGAAAAGAAGAAGCGGCUUUUCAAACUUGGCUAUCUUGUUUUUCUUCUUUUCCUCUCCUUAUUUUGGUUAAUAUACAGUGCACUGGAAGAUGAUGAAGAAUGAGCCGGUGCAAUAGAUUUGAGGUCACAUAAUUUAUAGUUGAAAUCUCGGCCUACACAAGUUCAAGUCUCCUGAUUGUUGAUGCGUGGAUUAAUUUAUUGGGGGCAUGAAAUAGGCUGUAGUAAGUUUGUUGUAACAUUUUAGAAUAGGAGUCUGUCAGUUCGUAUGAUUACAUUUUCUAAAUAUCUUUGUUUCUGCGUCACCUCUAGCAAUUUUCAAAAUUUGUCAGUGUACCAUUAUGCUUGAAUUACUACACCUUGUAUUGAUGUCAACAAAUAGUCCUUUCUAGGGUUAAACAGCUGGGCUCUAUGCCAAUGUUAGCUAGUGUUUUACGGAUCACCGGCAUUAUCCUAGCGGACCUCCUCUUGGUAACUAACAAGAGAUCACCGAGGGAAAAUAAGUUUUUACUGGCUAAUUAUUUGCUACCUGAUGCUUGAUAUA